AUGUUGAUCGCAAACAUGGCCAUGUCCGACCUGCUCUAUCCAAUAUUCCUGUUCCCUGUUCGUCUGGCAGAGAUGCACGUUGGCUGGUGGCUUAUUGGUGGUACCCUUGGUCAGGCCUUAUGCAAGAUACACACUUUUCUUGCUGAUGUUUCCUCGUUAGUGUCGAUUCAGAGCCUGGUUCUGAUAACAGUGGAUCGAUUUGGAACUGUUGUAGUUCCACUCCGUUCACCCCUCAUCAGUCGCAAGUUUUGUCCCUUCUUUAUUGUCGCUACGUGGAUCAUUGCAAUGACCUUUCAUUCGCCAUACUUUUUUGCUUUUAGACUGGUUGAAUACCCUGGGGGGAUUUUGUGCGAAGGUCUGUGGCAGGAAGCCUUCGGAGGAACAACACGUGCAAAAUACCACCUAACAGGUGCUAUCGUGUUUUUCUACAUCCCCUUUGUCCUGGUGGUGAUACUUUACUCCAUCAUCCUGAUCAAGCUUAAAAAGCAAGUCCAUCCAGGUGAACAGUCAUCCAGCAACGAAGAACAGCGAGCAAGAAGGAAUAAGAACGUGCUAAAGAUGGCCAUUGCUAUUGUGUUGGUGUUUGUGAUUAGUUGGGUGCCCUAUCACACUAGCUGGGUACUUUUGAGUUAUGUACCGGAAAUUUCAUUUUUUUCGUCUUGCAGUUUUUUAUUAUACGCUCAUAUCACCUACUAUUUGGCUAUCGCAAACUGUGCCAUCAAUCCCUUUAUCUGUCUUAUUUUGAGCAGCAACUAUCGUCAGGGUCUUAAGAAACUUCUGACUUAG